AUGGAUGAGGGCGAUGGAAGGGAUUCGGAUGACAUAGACGAAGACUCCACGGUCGACGACUGCAGAGGUGGUGGACUGCGCCUGCGCUUCCCGUCCGCUGAUGGAGAAGAUGAGCGAGGAAGAGGAGAGCGCGAGCGAAUACGAGUCAAGAUUCUGGUUGAGGUUGCUUCGAUAUUGUCAAGAGACAGAAAGCGUCUGUGUUGGGGUUUGUUGGAUGGGGGAGAAGAGGGAUCCGAAGAGACGCUGCUUGACGGAGAAAGAGCGUCUGGCUCCGUUGCUGUUUGUGCGUCGAAUUCGAUAGGACGGGUGUCUGGCAUCUCCAUCCAACAAUUCAAUCGUAGUAAAGCGGAUUCAACUUGGGAGUUGUUUCAAAAUGAGCAAGCCGUAAUUCAAGAUGAAUAUAUUGUCACUCGCAAGGGCAGGGGACAUGCUCGUAUUUAUGAUUAUUAUUUUCGUACUGCGUCUGCUGAACCACGGCAUACUGAACCGAAUACCCGGCAACAGAGAAAUGUCGCCGAACAAUCAGAACAGAGUUAA